AUAAUAGUGAUUCUUAGCCAUUUAGGGGUCAUGGAAGCCUUCCUAAUAAUCUGCAAAACACACUAGAACUAUAGUUCUUCAUUUCUUUAAGGCUAACAAAACAUUAUUCCGAAGGUUUUCAUAUUUACGUCCAAUAAAGGGUUACUUCCUAGUAACCUAUUAAACUAGUAGGAGUUAUUGAAAGUGACUAAAAUGGAUUAUUUGUAAGAUAAAACUAGUGUUACUAAAAUUUUAAAUACUUUGAAAUUUUAUUUUAAAUUUAUUCAUUUAAAGUACUUAAAAUUUAAAAUACUUCAGAGUCAGUAUUUUACUAAGUCUGCAGUAAUAUUGUAAAACUCAUUCUGCUCCAGAUGUAAUGAGAUGGUUGAAUUUCCUGGAGUUUUAGUGGAGAGCAGUUUAAUACGGUGUCAUUAGUGUUGUGAAUUGGUUACAGUUUUCAGUUGCAGUUUUCUUAUAUUUGUUAAUUUAUUUGUCAAAUUAUUCUUUGAUUUUAAAAAAAUUGCUUUCUUCAUUUCUUGUUAUUGUACCAUUUAUAUUUGAUUGUAAUUUUGUUUCUUUAUAAUUUUUUUCUGAGUUUUUAAAACCUCUCUUUGGAAAAGUACGAGGUGGGUUUGGAGGUUAUUUCACCGUUCCGUAAAGUGUGAGACUUGUUGCUGUAAGAAGUUAGCCAGAUUACUCAACUGAUUUAGAAUACUUGAAUUUCCUAAUAUUAUAGGUUCAAAACCACACUGGAGUGUGUUAGGUUUUUAUUCCAUUUCUCCUUUUGUUCUUUAAACUAUUUUAGAGUAGUCUGAACAGAAAUUUCCCUUGAUAUCAGAGCUGCAAGUAUCCCAUUUAAAACCAUGGAAAAGAUGCAAAAAACUAUCACAUAGCUAUUCAGAGAUAGUAUUGCUAUUGAUAAUAUUCCAGCAUUAUAAUUUCUCCUUUAAUUUAAAAAAGCUGCAGUACAUCUGUACUGCUUCCUGAAUGCAUAUUAAAAAUGCUAUUAGCACAUGGUCUAUUUCUCCUAAUAGAAGAUGCUUAGUCUGAAAAUUGACAUUAGAAUCUUCUUGUGGUAGUUUGUUCAAAUAAGACAGAAACUUCUAAUAGAUAGAAAUCUUUCUAUUGAGCUUACUAUGGUAAACUCUGAUUAUUUUGAAAACUAACAAAUUUUGAAUUAACCAAUGCAGAGAGGUCAAAAUGGAUAAGAUCUUGUUGUGGAGUCUCCUGUUGACUUUUUCUGGAAGUCAAGCCUCAAGCCCCUUGGCUCAAAGAAACACCGAAUUUGCAGUGGAUCUUUAUCAAGCUGUUUGUUUAUCUCAUAAGAACAACAUCAUAAUUUCCCCUUUUGGAACAACUCUGGCCCUUGGAAUGGUACAACUGGGAGCAAAAGGAAUAACACAACAGCAGAUAAGACAAAGUUUAAAAUUUCAAGAGACCUCAACUGGAGAAGAAUUUUCUGUGCUGAAGUCAUUUUUCUCUGCCAUCUCAGAGAAAAAACAAGAAUUUACAUUUAAUCUUGCCAAUGCCCUCUACCUUCAAGAAGGAUUCACUGUGAAAGAACAGUAUCUCCAUGGCAACAAGGAAUUUUUUCAGAGUGCCAUAAAACUGGUGGAUUUUCAGAAUGCAAAAGCUUGUGCAGAGACAAUAAGUACCUGGGUAGAAAGCAAAACAGAUGGAAAAAUUAAAGACAUAUUUUCAGGGGAAGAAUUUGGCCCUCUGACUCGGCUUGUUUUGGUGAAUGCUAUUUAUUUCAAGGGGGAUUGGAAACAGAAAUUUAGAAAAGAAGACACAAGCCUGAUGAAUUUCACUCAGAAAUAUGGUGCAGCAGUCGAAAUUCCGAUGAUGAAGACUCUUCUGAGAACAAAAUAUGGUUAUUUUUCUGAGUCCUCCAUGAACUACCAGGUUUUAGAAUUACCUUACAAAGGUGAUGAGUUCAGUUUAAUUAUCAUACUUCCUGCAGAAGAUGUGAACAUAGAAGAAAUGGAAAAGCUAAUUACUGCUCAUCAAAUCCUGCAGUGGUUCUCUGAGAUGCAAGAAGAGGAAGUGGAAAUAAGCCUCCCUAGAUUUAAAGUAGAACAAAAAUUAGACUUCAAAGAAGCUUUGUAUUCAUUGAAUAUAACUGAGAUAUUUAGUGCUGGCUGUGACCUGUCUGGAAUAACAGAUUCCUCUGAGGUGUAUGUUUCCCAAGUCAUGCAACAAGUUUUCUUUGAGAUAAACGAAGAUGGCAGUGAAGCUGCAACAUCAACCGGCAUACACAUCCCUGUGAUCAUGAGUCUGCCUCGAAACCAAUUUAUAGCAAACCAUCCGUUUCUGUUUAUUAUGAAGAAUAACCCAACAGAUUCAAUUUUGUUUAUGGGAAGGGUGACAAAUCCUGACACCCAGAAGAUGAAGGCAAGAGAUUUGGAUUCACUGUGAAUGAAAAUCACAGCCUCAGAAUAUGGAAAAUAGUUGAUUGUCAAAAUAUCAUCAAAUAUUUUCUAUAUAUCUUUUUCUGUUUUAAACUGUGCCUUUAUUAAUCUGUAUUCAUAAAUAAAUGAAAUUAUGCAUUAAGUGUUU